AUGAUGUAUAACUAUCUUUCAGACGCUCCAGAAUAUCCCUACCUGGAAAAAGAUGAAAUUUACGGAUCGGAACAGGUAAACUGUAUGAGCAAAGCCUACCCCGUACAUGGACGCCUUCUCAAGGCUGAAACAAAUGACAGAAAUGGAGGAAUCGAACGAUGCGGUAGCAGUUAUUGUUUCACCAUCUAUUCGGUCUACGGUUACUACAAUGUCCAGUGUACCUUCGAGGGAGCGCAUGAGGCCGUGGGUUUUACCUUCGUAAAAACGCUCAAUGCCACUUACAUUGGUCCGGAAUAUGUGCCAACGCUGCAGCGGCGUAGUGACUUAGCUGCGUACGCAUUUGACACUUUCAUUCUUAUCGAGUGUCUACUCUUCAUCCUCCUUCUGGGACUCUUUACCAUCCUGGGAGUCAGGGAGCAGAAGGAGAGAGUGAAACAACUGACGAUGCGGGCUAAUCAAAAGUCACGGGAAUAUAAACCUUCUAUCCUCAAGGACCUUGAUGGACAGUACGUAAACGUAGACAUGAUGGAAUUUACGAAGAACGACCACCUUCGGUUGGUGACAAUGACAACACUUUUUGACGGCUGCUACGACCAAUUUGCUAAGAAGACGAAAAAGCCGCCCGAAGAGGAGCCCGCUACCGAGACCAGACCUACCUACCGAGCAACAGUCCGCAAGGCCAUGAACAAAAUGCUAACUGAAAAUUUCAACGAAUCAUCCUCCUCGUCUGAGGACGAUUAUGAUACAGAAACGGCUACCGAGCUGUCUAGAUCCGGAAACAACCCCUUUUCCUACGAUUAUGCUUAA